GUUUGCAUUUGAAGAAGAGUUUUCAAGAUUAUGUGAUCUGAAGUACGAGAGAAAAAGGAAAGGGCAUUCUGGUAAUUAGCCGGAGCACGACACAGGUAAGCACACACGACCAUGGCCAUGGCGUGGCGGACCAGGAGACCGGCGGCCACGCGACCCGCCAACGAGGCGAGGCGAAGGUGACCAAGCCCUCCACGCCGACGCUGACCUCCUCUCCCCUCCACCCACCCACCUCAAAGCCAAGAACAGCAGCACGCUCGCUGCUUCCCACGAAAAGCUGCCAACCUCGCCACCCCCAUUGAUCCUCGCGAAGCAGCAUCUCCUUGCUCUUGGCCUUCCUCAAUCCGUCCCUAUCCCUACCCUAGGUCACCUUCGCCGGAGGAGCUCCGGUUCUCGCGGGUUCGAUUCGCGGAGCAGGGGGGGUGGCGGCCGGAUGGGGAGCAGGGUGAAGGAGGAGGAGAGGAACGAGCGGGCCAUCCGGGCCCUGCUCAAGCUGCCCGGCAACCGCCGCUGCAUCAACUGCAACAGCCUGGGACCACAAUACGUAUGCACAAGCUUCUCAACUCUUGUCUGUAUUAGCUGCAGCGGAAUACACCGGGAGUUCACUCAUCGUGUAAAAUCGAUAUCAAUGGCUAAAUUUACUUCUCAAGAAGUUUCUGCUCUUCAAGAAGGGGGAAACGAGCGUGGUAAGGAAAUUUAUUUAAAACAUUGGGACUUCCAAGGCCAGCCUCUUCCAGACAGUAGUGAUGUAGACAGGCUCCGAAGCUUCAUCAAGACUGUAUAUGUUGACCGGAGGUACACAGGAGACAGAAUUGGUGAUGAUUGUCCACAAGCGAAGGGUAGUCGGGAUGACACUUAUAGAAACAGCAAUGUUGAUUCAUCCAGGGGAGUUCCAAGAAGUCCAUAUGGUGGAACUUCUGAAGAUAAUCAUGGUCGACAGCAUAGCACAGGAAGCACCUCAGAAGAUCAAAGUAAUCUCAAAAGGCAUCCUGUACCUGCUAAAGUGGAUCAAAAAAAUAGAACUACAAUGGAAAGAGAAAAAACCAACAGUGGAAAACAUCAACAUCUGGAUGAACUUCAAAAGACAGGUGGAAGCUUGGAACAAAAUCAUAAGGAUAUGACCAAAUCAGUACCUUCGGUGGUAGAACCUUCCAAAGAAACUAAUAGAAUAGUUCUGCCUAUAAGGCUUCCUGAUCCUCCUAGAUCUCAUAAAGCCACAACAUCUACCACUCCUACUGAAACACAGAAAGUAGCACCUCCGGGAGCUGCUGAUCUCAGCUCAAAAACUAUAGCAGAUGUCAGAUUAGAAAUAUCAAAAAGUUUGAUCGAUUUUGAUUCAGAUUUUGAGCCUCGUCAAGUUGGUGGUCAAACCAAAGUGCAGAAGAGCUUACCUUUACCUGAUGUUGGCUGGGCUACUUUUGAUGACACUACUCCCAAAAAGGCUACCGCCAUUUCAAGUUCCAGUACCAAUUCUUUGGAGGGUCCACUGGCACAGAUCCCAAAUUCUGUCUCAGCACCUCAAAGUAGUUUCCCAACCAGCCAAAAUACCAAGUCCUUGUCCUUUCCCCAAACACAUCAUGGCAAUCAGCAGAACCAGCCCUUUUUUGCCACCGCAGAUAAUAUUCAGUCUUACAGUUCUCCAUUAAACAGAGCUAAUAGUGUUCCGGUUAAUAGCCAGUUCUGGGGAUCCGCAUCACAAGCAUCAAUACAAGGGAGUCAUUCUCUUCCUUCAAAUCAUGGCUCAAAUAUAUUGAUUGGAACACUAGCAUCACAGAAACCUGGUUUGGACGUUAGAUCUAGUAGAGGAAAGGCACUUCCAGAGGAUAUUUUUACCAUGAGUUACCAUCCAUCAUAUGCUUCAACCUGGGAUUGGAGAGCAAAUCCUCAGUUAAAUAUGGGAUAUGGACAAUACAGCAUGCAAUAUCCUGUAGGAGCUGCAAAUUUCCCUUCUUUGUCUUCUAUGCAAGGAGCAUUACCACAUACCGGUGGUACUUCAAUGUUACCACGUGCUUCAUUCAUGGGAUCUGUUAAUUAUGAUCUAAGAACUCCACAAUUUGUACCACCAAUGAUGGCGAACAGCAAUCAGUUCAUGGUCCAGCAGCAUGCUGUUAACGUUGCACAUCAGAUGCAGAACACCAGUCUCCCCAUUGGAUAUCAAGGAGUCCAAGGUUUGGCUUCUACAGGCAGUGCAUAUGGUUUAUCUUCUAUGAAUCAGGCCAUCACCCAAAGUUCAUUGCCCCAAGUUGGUGGAAAUCCCUUUACUUAACACUAUUUUGAUGCCUCGCUGCUGCACCAUCACAUAUAGCGACUGUAUUAAGCUAGGACAAGUGUGUGUAAACAGUAAAUAGCGGAAGAGAGAGGCUUAUUUCCCUGCACUUUUAAUAACGAAAUGGCAAGAAAUGGCCAACCAAGUUCCAAGUGUAUCAUUUUGUUUUUGUUCGCAAAGUGCGAAAUUCAGAUGACACUGUAAAUAGAAUUUAGUUUAAAUCUCCCCCAAGGGAAUGUGGUAUUGUAGAUUGUAUCACUGUUGCAAAAGUUCAGUAAAGUGAGUUCGAGUAAUUUCU